AUGAGAUUAAUAGACUUAUUCAAUAAUGGUGCAAUAAUUCUACGAUGUAUUUCUCUGAUACUACAAUAUAAACACACAAAACAACAGCACCAACAUAAUCAACAAAGAUAUCAAGGUCCCACAGGAUUAUCAACCACUUAUCUCAAAUUACAGUUAUUUACAAUUUUACUAUCAAUUACAUCAACUUGUUUUUAUUUUUUACCAGAAGUACAAGAUCAAUAUAGUCUACGAUUUUUUAAUCAAAAACCACCAAUAGACAUUCCAUAUUUAAUCAUAGAAUUAAUAUAUUGUGGUCUAACGAUUCUACUAAUCUUACAACAACAUUAUGAAUUUGAUUACGAAUUGCUAGCUUUUAUUGUCAUACAAUUAGUUCCAUUUGGCUAUUUAAUUAAACUUUGGUUAUAUAAUCAAUCUAAAAUUUUUACAUUAGAUUUAAUUGAUUAUUUAUGGUUAUUAACAAAAUUUAAUGCUUGUGUUUAUUUAAUUCCUCAAAUUUAUAGAAUUUGGUUUGAUGAAUGUUCAGGAUUAUAUAAAAAUUGGAUUUGGUUAAAUUUGGGAGCUUUGGGGUUUGAAUUUAUGGGUAAUUUUAUAAAUAAUAAUCAAUGGUUUGAAGAUGCUUUGAAUUUUAAUAAUUAUUGGAUUAUCAUUGUAUUGAACUUGUUAUGGACUAUUACCAUAUUUUUUCAAACAAAAUUCUUAAAGGAGGAAGAAGAAGUACAUUAUAAAGAAGUAUAA